ACGUCGUCGCUGGUGCACGUGCUGCCGAUUUUGCGCGCGCGCGCGUUACUGUGAUCAAAGGAAGAAUCUUUCCACUUCUUGAAGGGGGGUUGGUGUUUUGGGAGUGAGUGAGAAGUUGCGAGUUGUGCGUGUGGGGUGGCAGCAUAAUAACAGAACCACCACCACCCUGUCCGUGCUGUUCGUGGGUUCGCUUCCGGGGGUGGAUCCUUUUUAAGGGAGUUUUUUUUUGAGGAAGGAAAGUGCGUGAGUGUUUUCUUCUGUGGGUGACACCCUAGAGCAAGUUUUGCGUGCGUUACAUACACACCGACCGACCGACCUGGAGUCAAAGAGAUAUACAGAGAGGGAGAAUUUCGAGCGCCAGCAUGUGAGCAAGAAGAUAUGUAUCUCAUGGGUUAAGUCGGGUGGUAGCAAGGAUAACGAGUACGACGGUGCUGCUCCGUCUUCCUGAAGUGUUGUGGAGUACGGCGAGUAAUGUGUAACACAUAGAUUUACACCGCGCGACGUCGACGACGUAGUGAAUAAAGUGAUUAAAGAUUCAGAUGUUUUGGAAGAGAGUAAUGUAAUUUCCUGCUUUUUAUUUUGUGGAGAGUCAAGUGAACCACUUUUGCGGGAGGGUGCAGCAAGGCCACGAGGUGGUUCGUAGAGGGUUGUGUUUGCUGUAGGCGUACGGUGGCUGGAGAGAGUGUGCCGCCGAAGAUAGAAGAUAGUGCAUCAUUUCGGUGAAAUGGCUUGAUUGUAUGGUGUACAGAGAAGAUUUCAGUGAGUUUCGGUGAAAUGGCCACAACAAUGGAAAACUUGGACCAUCGUUCAAAGUCGCUGGGCUGGGCCAGCAGUUGUACUAGGUCUUGGUCGCGACGGGCAGAAGCAGUAACAGCAGCAGUGGCAGUACCAAAAGUCAGCAAUUGAGACUCUCGUGUCGCCGUUCGGUCCCAUUCAUCCGGAAGGAUAUUGAUUGUAACCAAUCCGUAGAUACAUACAUACAGCACGAGCGAGAGUGCUGCAAAAAUUCCACAGCAGAGCCACGACCAGCAGGCUCCAGAGCAUCCAAAGCAGUUCGAGGAGUGUUGGGAAGGCUCGAGUAUCAUCAUCGUCAUUCUCUAGCCCAGUGUGGUGAGGCAUCAAGAGCCAAACCGAAAGGCCAGAAUCGAACCGAGAGCGCCGCGACGAGAACCGAAAAAAAAUCGAUAAAAACAAUUCGCUUCUCAUCAAAAAUACAUUUUCACACACAAGCAAAGAAAGCCAAGGAGAGCCGACAACGACGACGACGACUCCAUACACCUUUUCUUCGUUCCACCAAAAAAACACAGCACUGCAAGGCUGAAGGAAAGGAAAGCAGUAGCAUAGCACAGCAUAGCAAGGGUGUGUUUUUCGGGCCCAUUCAAACGUUGUGUCUGACUUUCUUCGUGGCGAGAGGACACAAGGAGACACAGAGCAAGAGAGCCAGAGAUUCGAGCGCGAGAAAUUACACCAAAUUGGGAGAAAAACAUGGAUUUCCGGAUUACGUUGCUGCUAAUUAUCGGCACAGCAUUUGCGGUGGAAGUUCACUUUGAGACACCGGACAGUGGCUUUUUCUUGAAGCACUCGCCACGGCAGAGUUCGGUAUCGUCCUCGUCGGGUAAGGGACGAUCCGGGUCCGACUCGGUGCUGUCGAUUGACCGAUUUACGGUGGUUCAAACUAGUCAACCCGUGUCGAUUCGUGCCAGCUAUGGACCGUUUUCGACGAAACAAACCGUCCCAGCGCGGUACAUUGUGCCGGAUGUCAUGGAAUCGUCCAGCGAUACCACACAAAACACGACGGCCGCCCUGAUGGAUCUGCAGCAGUCGAACUUGCACCUGGACAUUUCGGCACACCUCGUGAAGAAUACCAUCCCUCGGGACUCUCCAGUGCUGAGGGUACUGUUCCACGCUGGAGCCGAUCCCGGUGGGCACCUGCAGCGUCAGAAGAUUUGCGUGCUUUUGCACGCUUCAAUUGGGAACAAAACACCCCUCAAGGGUCGUUGCAUGCCCGAAGGAGAAGACGGAGUGUGCGUCGCCGAAGUCGUGAUACCUUCGAACUGGUGGCCUCCACUACCUCCUCCAGAGAAAGACGGGCGCCAACCAGCAGCACUGAAGACUCCCCAGCGAAUGGUUCAGGUGUCGUACAGCGUGUUUGAACCCCCAGCGCGUAGUCCCGAACUGUGCGAGCCAAAGGUCCAGAUCCAACCGUUGACGCCCUUCGCCAAGAUUCCACUGGUCCCUAGUCAGAUGCCGUACAAGGAGCUCCGGGCGGACGAAACGCUCACGAUGAUGGUGCCCCAGCAGCCGCUCUACCCGCUGUCGAAGAUUCACGUGCCCGUGUUCCUACACCCGGAACCGGGACAAAACAUUGCGGUGUUCAUCGUGAGAGCACGUGUCAAGGCGGGUAUGCGCAUUCUGGGUGCGAGCGCAUCCUCCGAAGACUGGAACGUUUCCGUCGAGAAGGAAAACACCAAGCAUACGGUGGCUCGAGUGACUGCGUUCCGCAAGGACCAGGACCCGGACAGUCCGGCCAGCACCGGGGACGAUAUGAACUCGAACAAAAUCGUGGAGGUCUUCUCCUGGCUGCUGGAGGUGGCGAACGACACCAAAGACCACUGGGACGGCGGACGGAUCGUGUGGUCCGUCAGCUACGUGCACGACGGCCCGAAGAUCAAGGAACUGUCGGCGGAGGCGUCCAGCUCGUCGCACGAGGAGGGCCGCAAGAAGAUCGUCGCCAAGCUGGAGAUCCAGAAGGAUGACAUUCAGGCGGUGUUGCCGAUUUCGAAGAACUGGGAACUAAUGAACACGGCCGUUCUAACUGGACGACAAGUGUCGCAAGCGAUGAAGGUGUUUAUCGUGUCGCAAGCAGGGAAGGUAGCGGACGUAACGCUGCAGAGUUCGUGCCAGGCUGAGGAUGAAAGUGUCAUAAAGGUCUCAUCGUCAUGCAGUUCGGUGUACGUCGACGGUUCGGAGGCACGUGGCUCGUCGAACGCUUCCGUGCAGGUCAAGUACGGAACGUACGCCGGGUUGGCCAAGUUCAUGGUUUGGAUGCCCGAGUUUCCGCUGGAAGUUUCCGUGGCAGAUUUCCGACUGUCUCAAAUCAAGGGCUGGAAGAUUCCCGAGGAUCACAAUGUGAGUGCCAACGGGAAGAUGCGACGCCGCAAGCGAGCUUACGGCUGGGGUCACCACGGGGAUGACUUUGUCAACGGUGUCUCGCCGGAGCGCAGCGUUUGUCGGGCGCGCUACCAGCAGAGUCCCGUCGAGGUGUACGCGCGCUUUUUGGCCGUGGAUCAGGAUUCUGGACGGGUGAACUACUUGAUCUCGCGUCGAACUGGUUUGAGGGUAACGGAUUUGGUGCAACCGUUGCUGCGAGUGGCCGAUCCGAAAAUUGCCACUCUGAGAGGACGAACGCUGCAGGGGCGAGCUAUGGGAAGGACCGAUGUUCAGGUAUUGUCACCCAUUACCGGACGGGUAAUCGGAGCACGGGAGGUUCGCGUUGGAAGCGAUAAGGUCAGCCUAACGAGACUGCUGGUGCGUGUCGUCUCCGGACUUCAGCUUUCCAUCACCAGUGACAAUGCGAUCGAGAAUGGUUACAUCGCGGAAACGUCCGUGACUAGGAAGUUGACUGCUCAGUACCAGGAAGGUCUGCUGGACAUUGAUCUUGAGUUCUCGGAUGGAUCGCGCACUCCUCUAAGGGACAUUUCCGUUGACGACUACUUCCUCCUUGUGGAGAGUCUGGACACGGAGGUCGUUGCGUUCGCACCCAUGCUGGCGUCGCACCAUCCGCGUGUGAUCGCGGUUGGCGAGGGCAACGGAGACCUUCUCCGGGUGACGCUGCUGCUGUCGGAAGAAUGUCGGUUGAGGCGGAACAUUCCGGUGUCGAAACAGGGCAUGAAAUCCUCCGUGGGUCCGCUGGUGAGUGCGCUCGCCUCGGUUCAGGUGGAUUUCAGCUCGUCGUCGGACCUGAGUGCCGCGACGCGUCCCGACACGGUCCAGAAUGACGGUAUUAGUGGCCGCGACCGUAAGCCGGGGAGUGAGUAUAGUAAUUUGGACGACAUUUUGAUAGGUAUCCCGCUCAAGGACGACCACGGCCAGGAGAUGGCGGCCCUGUCGCCGUCCCGGCAGAACCGCGGCGGCAUUCCCGGGUACGCCAACAGCAAGAGUAUGGUCUACUCGGACGGAACCUCGCUGGAGAUUGGCAUGUACGUGCUGCUGGCGGCGUUCUGUCUGGCGAUCGGGCUGUUUGUGGUGUCGUGUGUGGUGUACGCGUCCAAGUUCCGACCUGUGACGAUCGACGUGACGGGCGAGGCUAGCGUGCGGGAUGGGCUUGGGAACGCUUCGGUGCUGGGCGGUAAGGCGAUCGAGUCCACGACGAACGCCCACGAUUGGGUGUGGCUGGGACGCGCCACGAUGGACAGAUCAACCAACGGACACGAGAUCGGUGGAAACAAUAGAGAUUCACGCAUGCACAUCAUCAACAAUCCGAUGAGUUCCAAGUACGGCGAUGCGGAGGAAAGUAUCGUUCAGGUGAACAGCUUUGAUAACCCGAACCACAUUCAGCUACCUUUGACGGUUGGCACAGAAGGACAGCAAGCUGGAGCGGUGAACACCUGCACUUACAAUAAACGUGACCGUAGAAGUCGGGUUUCGAGUGAGGACGAAAAGGCUCCACCGUUGCCGCCCCAUGGAAUUCCCGUAAUUGAUGGAGUCGAAUACCGUCCGCCAGUUCCUCCCCACAGGAACAUGGGAGUGACCGCGGGCGUUGCCAAUAGGACUCCCGAGCCUGUCAUCCAGAUGAGAAACCCCAGACCACGUCUGCAUCCUCGUUACGUGCGCCACAGCGGCAGCAGCAGCGGUUCCACAACCAACCCCGCGUUCGAAAUCCAACUGCACGGUAACCAAGCGCAGCAGCGCAACCUGAACUUCACCCAGCAGCAGAUCAACGCUGCCCUGUUCAACAACAACAUCCCCCAGUACUCGGUCCAGCCCAUAGUCCGGCAAACGACAAAGUCACCGCACUCGUUCGAGAACAUGGGCUUCGCGGCGAUUCCGCAGCCGGCGGGCCCGUCCAGCAGUCGGAACCCGGAGGAGAUGCACAUGGCCGAACGGUUGGUCCAGCAGUGCUCGCAAAAGUCCGCGUUCAAGUUCGACACCAUCAACAACCAGUCGGGCCGAAACAAGGCGACGGUCGUGGCGCAGCUCGUCCAAAGCAAUCCAAUCUUGUCCAGUAGUAUUAAGGACCCGUCGCCGGUGCCGGUGGAAACGACCGCCGAAAUCAGCCCCGUUCCGGCGUCGGUCAUGGCGGCGGCCGUCGCAGCGGAGAAGAGACGCUCCCGCGGCGAAGAAUGUCCCACCGGGGUCAAAACGCUCGAGUCCAGUUCGGACGACAACGGGGGCUUUGUGACGCCGCCCAAUGAGCAGCAGCAGCAGAACAAUCAGUCCAAGAUACCAAAGCCACCGCUCCCGCUGAAGCAUAGUAAACCGACGGUCGUGGGCAACCCGAUGUUUGCCAACACGCCCGACAGCGAGCUCGGGCCCGGCGAAAGUCUCGGCCUGGACGAUUUAGAUAUGGACUACGAACAAAUUAUGCACUACUUCGAUAACCUAAAGGAAUCGAAUGCCUGAGUGCAAGAGAUCAUUGCAAAGAUUCGGGACAUAUUGUCCACGUUCCAGCAGCAGUACCGGAACGUGGCGAUAUCUCCUGCGAACAGCCCGACGUGCAUCCCUGGAAUCAACGAUCCCAACUUCGAACACUUUUUCGAACAUUUGAGUGAGUCGUACGCCUAAGUCAUUAUCCCAGUUCCAGUUCCUUCCGGUUGAUUUACCACCAUUACCACCACCACGACCGGUUCAUCAGUUUGCCAUCACGCGCAACUCCACGUCUCUUCCCGGCAUCGUUAGAAAGAGGGACGUGUGAGGAGUUUCACACAACACAAUCAAUGGGUUAGCCGAACUUGUAGUAGUCAGACAGUUGGCUUCGUUUCUCUAAUUAUAAUCGGUGCAAAAGUGCAGGGUUCUUGUCUUGUAUUAUAUAAAGUGAUCUCAUUUUACAAUUUCCUAUUUAUUUCAACAAUUAAGAACGACCUACCAGUGAAACGUGUGCGGAGAAAACAAUGAAAGGAAGCGUCUUUGCAGUGAUCUAAAAAAAUGAAUGCAAAAUUUAAGAAAAUAAAAACAAACAUACUGAAAUUCUAGCUGAGAUUCGUAGAUAAGAUAGAAUAUGUAUCGUACUUCCACGUAGAAGGAAAACAAUGUGUAUAGUACCCAAGCAGCAUUAUGUUGAGCGCUGAAAGAAAACGAGAUAAAUGGGUGAAAAACAAAACAGCAAGAAGUUACAACAAUACAAAACUGAAGAAAAUACUCGUAUGAUUGUGUUUUGUGACAUAUUCGUAAGCAACAAAGAAAAAUUAAGCAAGUAAGAGAGCAAAAAAGAAAACUAAACAAAACAUGCUAAAACAUUUAAUCUGGCUUGAACGUAAUGUAAAUUAUCAAACUGCAACGCUCAUCACGCGCGCUCCUUUUGUCCCACGUAUUUCUAGUGCAAAUUUUCGAACUUUUAAUUUUUAAUACUCCCUUUUCGAGGCGACCGCGUCUGCUAGUCGAAACGGCUCAAACUGGAACACAACAUACACACAUACACGCAUGGAUUGCACCCUAAACACACACAUCUACGCGAUGAAAUGCACUGAUCCCACACAGUUGAGUGAAUCUUUCUCGAUGAGAGAGCACUUCGGGCUGAGACAGGUCGGCAAAAAACACACAAAACACUCACCUUUGUAUCAUAAGUUAUUCGAAGUAAAACAACAGUAAAUCAAAUUAACACUCUAGUCAUUCAUUUAAACAAAUUUAAGGCAGGCGAAACAAAUAAAUAGUAAUUAUUACAACAAAGUAUAUAUAUAUUAUGGAAAUGCAGUUAUUUAGGUUAAGUUGAACAAACACAGUGUAUAGAAAAUAAACUCAUAUACCUUAUAUAUAUAUUAUGAUUAAAGCUUUAAAACAACAAAAAAUGAAACAUUUUAUAUAUAUCGAAGAUCGACGGCAUACAUUGCAAAAAUUGGCACCGAUUUUUUUGAGAGUUCGUUAAUGUAUUGGAAAUCUAUUAUCCCGCUUGAAAUUAUAUUAAGCAUGGCGACACAACAUUGAGGAAGAAAAAAAAAGGAAAACGAUCCAUAUCAAGCACAGAUUGAUGCGAUAUUUUCGAUUGUGUACAUAGCGUAUUCAGGAAUAUAAAAAAACACGAGGCAAAAUUAUUUUUCAAAGUUUUAUCUUUGUUGAAUUUACUGUUUUGCGCUUGCGACAAAUUUUGGUCAUGAUUUAGCGAUUGCAUCUGGAAGAAAUCGUCUGCCAUAUAUGAGAAAUACACGCAAUCACCCACUCACACUUACAGAAAAGGAAAGCAAAACAACACAACAAAAAUCUGUCUAUAUACGGAAAAUGAUACCAAAAAUUAGCUUGUUAAGGAAACGUUAGGCUUAGAGAAGAAAGAAGAAAAAACAGCAACACAGGAUUUCGUUAACGCAAAACAGAGCAGAGGAGCAGUUGGUUAGAACUGCAAAUUGGUGUUCAUUGUGUGAGAUUAAGAAACAAAAAAAAAGUAUGAGAAAAACACAUGUACCUAUACUCACCACAAGGUAUCGUUUGAUUCGUUUGAUUUCAGCUUGAUUUCCAGACAACUGUUAAUGUCGAACUUCGGUAACAAUCUCAACACAUUCCCAUUCGUUCGCCAAUAGUUUGUUCCAGCCAAGUUCGUCAUUAACACCGGGACAAUUUCUCAACACAUGAACAGCAGCAGACACACACACACACAGAUACACGCUUGAAGUUUCGUCAUUCUAAACAGAAGAAAAAAAUACUCUAACGAUAGUGCGUCUACGAUAGAUUUGGAACCAUACGUAAAAGCAACUACGCUGAGACAAAUCAUUAAAGCCACCCCCUAUAAUGAGCGAAAAAAUAAUAAAUCUAUUACAAAACACUACUAAAAUACACUCUAUCCUACACUCGAUAGUGCUAUUUUUGCCUGUGCUCGCCCCCCUUUUCCCAUCUGUUGAUUAUUUUCUUUAACAAUUUCUCGUAAAAAAAACAUGCAAGAGUGGAGUGGAAAUCUGGAGAGUGAUGAGUUUGUUAUCAAUCCUUUUUAUAAUUUAUGAAUAUUCCGAGUUUGGAAUAACAUAGUCAGGGUUGUUAAUCGAUAAAGUUAUCAUCGAUAAUAUUAACGCCUGACGAUAACGAUAAUUGUUGUCGAGAUCGUCGUUAUUUUGAUAAUUCUGUCAGGGAUAAUGUUAUCGACGAUUACGAACAAUAACUCAUUUUUAAAAUCUUCCUAAAAUAACUUAAUCCAAUCAUAUCAUGUUAAAUAUUCAAUGCUUUACUUAAGAAUGUGUUUUUGGUAAUGUAGUAAGUUUCUAAGCAUAAAAAAAUACAAUGCACCGUAUAUUUUGAAAAUGCUCGAAUUUUCAUAAAUGAGUAUGAGUUUGUUUUUUCACCAAGUACCGUAUUUUUUUCAAAAAAACUCAUAUUUUCAUAAUUUGCAAAUAACCAUCCACUGAACCUUACUUUUGUAUGCAUUUUCAUUUAAUUAAAAUGUUUUUUUUUGGAAAAUAAUAUGUUUUUUUUUUCAAAAUUUCACUCUUAUCUUACCUAGCGUCCGGAAAUUUAUAGCGGGUGUAGGAACGCUCACAUAGACGCCCUUGCUCCCAUCACUUCACUAAGGGUAUGGAGUGACGAGAAAUUAAUAAUCAUUCCUCCCUCUCUCCUGUCGAACCUUUAUUAAAGAAGCAGGCAAUCCACAACUCACAGCGAACGACCAAGGGAAUACCCUGCCGCAUAAUCAGUAUUUAUUGAAACACUUCCCGACGACACCAAAUAUUCUUUUAAUUUGUUCAAUUUUUCAAAAGAAGGAUUCCGAAAUUCUAAAAAAUGACGGAGCGCAGCGAAAAAUUUUACCCACAUGCACCGGUUGCUAUGAUCGAUUUCGCAGUAAACCAACAUUCACUUAUCACUCAAAAAAUGGGCGCCAAAACACAAUUGAUCCUGAAAGGCAGCCGCAUCGAUUCGCCGCCCGCAAUCGAUUCAAAUUUUAUAAAAUACCGUAUUUUUUUCGAAAAUAUUCAUUUAGAUUGCAUUUAGAACUUGCAAAAUAGGAUUCCAACCAACGGUUUUGAUUCCCGGUUCAAGUAUCAGAAAUCACUCACUCAUCACCGAACGAAUCUUUGAGCGCGCAACCAUUCGCGAGCGAACACGACUCGUUAGCUGCCAGCGUCUUGGUCAUCCACAAACGAAUAGGCGCUGCCACAAUUUGCCGUAAAUUUUUUUCUGAGCCAUUCGCUGUACUACCUGAUCGGCGAUUGGAGUGAGAGCAAAUAGAGAGUAUUCAGUCUGAUACCGAUAUUGCGAAUCAUGAAAAAUUGUGUGCACAUUUUUAUAAAAAAUAGAGUAUUUUGUGAAAAAUUGAUGUUGCAAAUGAUGAUAUUUUAAUAAUUUUCUAAAAAAAAUAUGUUAAGUUGAUAAAUUUUGUGAGUAAUUAUACUUUGAGACUUACAAUAAUAUCAAAACAAUAUAUUGUUGGCGAGAGCUCAGAGAAAUUCACAGGAUUUGGUUGGAUUUAAUCAAUUUAAGAAAUAUAUUAAAAAAUGAGUUAUUGUCCAUUAUCGUCGAAAAGAUAAUUGCCGAUAGAAUGAUUGAAAUAAUCUCGUUAAUUUUAUCGUUAACAACCUUGGAAUAUACACUUGAUGGCAUUCCAUUUCGUUACAUUAUUUGUUUCAGAGUUUCCUUCUAUUUUUUGUUGAGCAGUACAGAAUCGUUUCCGCCUGAAUCAUUGCUCCAGGUUGACACUGUUUGUCGAACAUUCUUCCAAUAUUGAAACAACAAAACAACACACAACUAAAACGACCAGCUAAAUGUAUAUUGUUUAUGAAUGAGCUUGAUUAUACACGUAUUCUGCAAAUACCAAGACAAAAAAAGAUAACAAAUAAACAACAAAAAAAAAAGCAUCAGUAUAUAGACAAAUUUAAUGCAAAUGAACAACACAAAUAAAAAAAACGCAAAUAUUUUGUAUCUGAUAUAACGUUGCGAGAAUAUGAUUUCUAGAACUAUUUAUACAACCAGAAAACAGAAGCAUGGCCAGAUCGGUAAGAGAGAAGGAGAAAUGUAAGUAUUAAACAAAAACACACAUACGUCUAAAUAAAGCGAAACGCAUGAAUGUCUUAACCACAAGCAGCUAAAAUGUGUGUGUUGAAUACCUUUUGAUAGUUAGCAAGUUGUAGGUGGCGAAAACAAUUGGAACACAUGUCAACUGGAAACAAUUGGUUAGCUUGAGUGACAAAUGUGUAGCAAAGGGGCGACUUCUCAGAAAGAAAGAAAGAAAGAAACAAAAAACGUUAUAUUAUACAGUACAUAAAUAGCUAUUUAAAGUGCGAAAACAGAAACCUGCUUGAGAUAAAAACAAACAAACGUGAAAGCAAAUCAAUACAAUUACUAAACACAUAUAUUGCUGUUGUAAGCUCCCACAAAGUAAGUAAAAUCGUAACUCUAUACACAUGCGCAUAUAUACAUUCAAAAUCACAGUACUAUCAAGAAGGAUGAAAAAUGAACGUUUGACGGAGGCAAAAAAAAAAACAAAUCAUCAGAAUUACUCUUUCCCUAAAUUAAACGACUUCGAAUGCUUACACCUCGACUUUUUACGCUUAGUAAUUGAUGUACUUAUUUCCUUCCUUCAAUUAUGAACUACGCACACGUACGAAAAAAAAAUCUUUCCCAGUUCAGUUUGUGUUCAUAUUGGUGAGAGUUGAAUUACACAAUCUCCCAGAAACAAUUAUUUGAUUUCAAGCUGCCAUAACGUAUCAUACUAGAACGAGAGGCCGUUGUAAUAGAACAUGCUUAGGAAACGUAUUAAGAAAUAUCAACUGAAACAAAGCGCAAUACGACAUGGUAAAUGUAUCCCUUUAAACGAAAACACUCUUCUAAACUAAAGUCUCACACCGUUGCGUGAGCACAGGCCAUAGUAACUUGUUUUUGUUAACUAAUUGUAAUGGUUUUUAAUUUGUAUACACACAAACCAGUUUGUUGGGACUUCUUUUUCCACACUUCCAUCUCGUUACACAAACAAAAAGUCCCCGCAUCUUCCACACAACUUUUCACACCUCCAGAAAUCAGUUAAAUUUGUUAAAACCUCUUUUUUAUGUUUCCGUUUGCGCGGUCCUGUGAGAGAAUUUAAAUAGAUACAGUUACCACCGAUUGGAGCAGAAAGCAUUGCGUAACUUGUUAGAGCGAAUUACACAUACAAAACACUGCAAUAGUCGUGCACUGUAUAGGCUAAUUGAAACGAGUCCUCAGAAGGAAGAAGAAGAAAGUGGAGAGAACACACUAGCUUUGCAGUGACAACAACAAACAAAACAAAACAAAUUAAGAAUACACGUUGUUUCCUGUGUGUGAGAGAUGGAAACGAUACACGACAGCGCAGCAGAAGAUAGUACCGCGCGUGCAUAAAGCGACUUUAUUAUUAUUUAAAUAAAUUAUUUGAAUGAUUACAAAAUAUGAACAAAUAAACGAGAAAUUAUUUGUAACUGUAAAAAUAAACAAAAAGUGCUUAUA